AUGUCAACCCAGCCAUCAAUAAAUAAUGAUUUAAAUUCUAUACUGUCAACUAAUCGAUCAUUUGAAACUAAAAGUCCCAUAAGAACAAAACAAGGUUUAUCAUAUGUAAUAGGUGAUACUAAUAAUAAUGAAAAUCAUAUACUACCUAUAAAUGCUUUACAAUAUUCAUCUAUUAAUAAUCAAUUAUAUACUGCUGGUAGAGAUGGUUCAGUUAAAAUUUGGGAAGAUUCAAAUCUUGAGCCUAAUACCACACAAUAUGAAGAGAAUAACAUAAUAGAUUGUGAAGAUGUAAAUGAAAAAAUACUAAGACUUGAAACUUCCAUAUCAUCAAAUCCUUUACCAUAUCAUAAACCAAAAUACAAUUCCGACGGAUUUAAAAUCAUAGAUAAUCAUAAUCUUCAUUUUGAUUGGAUUAAUGAUAUCCAAUUAAUUAAUAAUGAUAGACAAUUAAUAUCUUGUUCUGCUGAUUUAUCAAUUAAAAUUAUUGACUUAUUUAAUCAAACUUCAAUUUAUAAAUUACCAAAUGUUCAUACUGAUUAUAUUAAAAAAUUAGCAUAUUCUUCAACUUGUCCUAAUAAAUUAGUAAGUGGUGGAUUAGAUGGAAAUAUAGUAAAUUGGGAUUUAAAUCAAUUAAAACCAAUAAAUGUUUUAGAAAAUAUUUCAACUACAAAUUUACCUUCUUCAAUAUAUUCAUUAGCUAAAAAUGAUCAAGGAAUUAUAAGUACUGGAGGUCCAAGUAAAACAAUAAAUUUAUAUGAUUCAAGAUCUUGUCAAUUUAUAAGAAAAUUAAUAGGACAUCAAGAUAAUAUAAGAUGUUUAUUAAUGAAUGAUCAAUUUUUAAUUUGUGGUUCAUCAGAUACUUUAAUAAAAUUAUGGGAUUUAAGAACUUUUAAAGUUUAUAAAAAUUUUGAUAUUCAUGAUUCAUCUAUUUGGUCAUUUUAUUCACCUGAUUCUUCAACUUUAAAAGAAUUUUAUUCUGGUGAUAAAAAUGGUAAUAUUAUAAAAACAGAUUUAUCACAAUUAUUUAUGAAUAAAACCAAGGAAGAUUCAUUUAGUAGUUCUUUUAAUAAUUCUGAAACUACUAUAAUUGAUGAAAAAUUAGGAGUUUCUACAAUGAUUGCUAAAACAAAUUCACCAGUACUAUCUAUUGUUACAGAAAAUGUUAAUAAUACAAUUUUUACUUCAAAUUGUGAUUCAUUAGAUCGAUAUACAAAUCCUAAUACAUCAAAUUUAUCAGAAUAUCAAUAUUUAAAAACUUGUUUGGAAUAUUCAAUAAAUAGAGAUACUUCAUAUAAAGAUAAUAAUAUUUUAGAUGAUUUACAAUCUUCACCACAACCUGAUGAUUUAAAUUCUGAUUUUUAUGAUUUAGUAAGUCAUUUAUCAAUGGAUACAAAUCAUCAUAAUCUUGAUUUACAAAGUACUUUUUCACAAAAUAUUAAUCAAAUUGAAGGAACUCCUCCAACAUUUGAUGAAGAUAGUGAAGAUGAUAAUAGUUCAAGUUCAGGUAAUGAUACAUAUCUUUCAAUGUUUUUAAAUGUUAAUGGAGGACCUUCAAUUGAAUUUAUUAAUGCUUUUCAACAAGAACCAGAAUAUGAAAAUCCAUUUUAUGAUAGUAGUCGAAAUGAAAAUUCACAACAAUCAAAAUUAAUUGAAGAUCAUCUAGACCCUACACCAGUUGAAAUUUUAUUGAAUCGAUUACCAUCUGAACAAGUUACUAUAAUACCUUUUAAUAUAAAACCAAUAAUACUGCAUGGAAUAUUACCAAAAAGUGUAAUAUCAAAACGAAUAUUUAAUAAUAAAAGACAAAUUAUGGUAUUAUAUCUUAAUGGUGAUAUAAAAAUUUGGGAUAUAUUAAUAUGUAAAGAAAUUAAAAAAUUUUCAAAUCAAAAUUCAAAUUUUUUAUUAGGUAAAGAUAUUGAAGGUAGAAAUAAAGAAAUGGAUGAUUUAUUUCAAGAAUUUCAAAAUUCAGAUACUUUAAAUAAUUGGUGUGAAGUUGAAAUAAAAGCUGGGAAAUUAUUAGUUACAACAAGAGAAACUUCAAUAAUGAAUGUUGAAAUUUAUUAUGAUGAUUUAAUUAAAGAUUAUCCUUAUUUAGCAAUUGAUAGUCCUGAAACUAUAGCAAGAUUAGGUGAAACUGCUAAAAAUUUCACAGUUUCAAAUGAUGAUAGAUUUCAUGUUGGAUUAAUAUUAAUUAAUUCAAUAUUUUCAGAAUAUGUUAAAUAUGAAAGAUCUGUUGAAAAUAUUAAAAUUGAUGAAACUUUAAGAUAUUAUCCAAUUAUAAAUUAUAAACAUUUUCCAAAAGAUAUGAAUAUGAUUUUAUUUGAACAUUCACCAGAAUUAGGAAAUUAUCGAGAUUUAAAUUAUUUUAAAUUGAAUGAUAUUGAAAACUUGAGUAAGACUCAAAAUCAACAACUUCUUAAUGAUUUAAGAAUGUUACCUAAAUGGAUAAGUCAACCUAUAUUAUAUAAUAAAUUAACUAUAAAAGAAUCUCCAAAAAUAACUUUCCAACUAUUGGAAUAUGAUUAUUUUCAAUUACCACCUAAUGUUAAAAUAGGUGGGAAAUCACAACGAAAAAUUAAAUCAUUACCAGCAUUAGAAAGUUCAAUAAAAUUAACUUCACAUAAUAUGUUAAGAGUUUCCAAAAUACUUUAUUUUUUAACUGAUAAAUUUGAAAAUAAAACAAAAGAAAUGAAAGAUAAAAAAUUAAAACCAACUGAUUGGUUAGUAUUAGAAUGUAAAGGUAUUGAAUUACAAAAUAAUAUGACUUUACAAACUAUUAAAACAAAAAUUUGGAAAAAAAAUACUGAUAUUGAAUUAAAAUUUAGAAGAAAAUUUGAUUUAUAG